CGCAAAGUGGAGGAGGCUUUGGCGGGGGGAGUUGCUCUGCUUGCAGAAGUGGGGGGGGGGAAGACUGACAGUUAAGAGCAGCCCCCCCAAGGACAGCAUGGCCGGAGUGUGGAAAGGCGCCUGAAGAUUGGAAUCUUGAGCUCCCUGAGGAUUGGCGUUCUACUUUAAAAGAAAGGAAGGAAAGAAGACGUUCCGGGCUCGUUCUCUCCUGUCCAUCAUCACCAUGUUUGGCUCGUCCCGAGGGGGGGUGAGAGGAGGGCAGGACCAGUUUAACUGGGAAGAUGUAAAGACGGACAAACAAAGGGAAAACUACCUAGGGAACUCCUUGAUGGCACCUGUAGGCCGGUGGCAGAAGGGGAAGGAUCUCACGUGGUACGCCAAGGGGAAGAAAGGUGACGCACCUCUCUCCCGGGAGGAUGAGCUGGCUGCAGUCCGGCGGGCAGAAGAGGAGGCCAUGAUGGCAGCCUUGGGUUAUAAGAACGUGAAGAAGCAGCCGACAGGACUAAGCAAAGAGGAUCUUGCCGAGGUCUGCAAACGUGAUGGAGCAGAGCGUGAUGAGAAGGCGGUGGAUCGUGUGUUGGGCCUGGGGAGUUCGAGGUGUGACGCAAGCAGGAUGAUGUUUUCCAAAGAAGACAAAGAAGCUGCCAAAAUGGGCCUUUCAGUCUUCACGCACCAUCGAAUAGCAAGCAGCCCAGAGGCUUCGGCUACCAAAAAGAAACCGGAUAAAGAAGAGGAAACGGGAGCCGCAGAGCCAGAGCCCAGCAAGAAACCCAAAAAGAAGAAAGAGAAGAAGAAGAAGAAGCACAAGAAAGAAAAGAAAAAAGAAAAGGAGAAGCAUCGUAGAAAAAGAGAAGAUUCUUCCUCUUCCGCCUCCUCUUCUCCAGACGACAGAGAGAGAAAGAGACGACCCGCCUCGCCUCCCGAGCGCCAUCCAUCAUCCUCCCAGCAGGCUGGAGCCAGCCGCCGUGACAGCCAUUCAUCACCCGCCCAGGAAGAACAGAAACCACCCAGCAGGUGGCGCCGCAGCCCAGCCUCCUCCAGCAGCAUCAAGGAAGGGACCCCCGACAGCCGACCAGCCACAAAGACACAGGCCCCCAGCCGCGGAAGGAGGGAGUGUCGAAGCCGCAGCCGGUCCCCGUCUCCUAGGGGCAAAAGCACCGGGCCCCACAAGCGGCGGAGGAGCAGGUCCCCCACAUCUCGGGGAGCCAAGAGGAGGCACGACACGGAUUCCGACGACUGAGCCUUCGUCUGAAACCAAAGAGGCUGUGGCGUUUGUUUUGGGGCCUCUCUCCUUAGCUGCUAACUGGAUCAAAGUCACGGCUAAUGCAAAUGUCCCAGAGGCCCUUCUGGAGUCUAGCAGGAAAUCAGGAAGCCACCCCCACAAAUAAAUGUUUGUACCUUAAAUGGCUUUGUGAGAAACGCACCUCAGAGUUUAGGCAGCUGCCUAAACUUUGAAAAAAGUAGAGCAGUAGAAUUGAUAACUCUUCCGACAAGGGUUUUAAAACGCUAGGAGCGAAACUUUUGAGUUGCGCAGAGCUCUUUUUCGGACAUAGUUUUUUUUUUCAAAAGGGGGGCGAUAAAUGUCCAGAGCAGCUCGUGUGUGCGAAACCAUAGGAGAAAUGUAAAAAGCAGACAUGAUAUUGAUGUGUUACACACACAUACACUCAGUCCAAAACGACAACGACAACUGUUAGGAGGGUUGUGUGGGGUAGAUCGGAAUGCUUUAUCAGUACAGAGGCUGUACUGCUGCAGAAACGCCCCUCUCAAGCUCAUGAAGCCUAGUUUGCUGGAAGCAGACCAGAGUGGCUGGGGCAGCCCAGUAAGAAGGGCAGGGUAUAAAUAAUAAAAUUAUUAUUAGUAGUAUAUGACAUAAAGAAGUAGGAUUCUAAGCCGCCCAGGUUCCUUUUUGUUGAUGCAUGUGCAUCAGCAACAAAGAACCUUGUGCUGGCUUGAAGACUAAAUGCAUUUAUUGCGGCUGAAACCUUUGCCAGGCGCAUGAAAUGGCCCCCUCGACAUGUAGGCUAUGUACCUGCAUCUGAAAAAGGCACACCCACUGAUGAGAUCCCUUUGUAUAACUGUUGACAAAGGGGGCUCUGACCCACAAGCCCCCAAAACGCCACACAAUAAAGGUGUUAACGACAGACCCACAUCCUGCAUUUAAAGCGCAUGUGAUGCGCAUUUAAAGCGCAUGUCUCUCCCCCCCCCAAGAAUCCUGGGAACUAACUUGUUAAGGAUGCUGGGAAUUGUAGCAGCUCUGAGUGGGGAAACUACCACUACAGUAGUUAUUUAUAAUAAAAACAAAUAGACAUGUACAGUACUUUAAAUGUGCAUUGGGUGUCCUUUAAAUGUUUGGUGUGGACCUGCAAUUAUAGUCUUUGAAGGAGCAGGUAGUCCUUGGUUUUGCUGCAGCAGGGUUACUCGGUUACCUGUCCCAGCCCAAAGCGUGUUGUCUCCUUUCACUUACACGGCAAAGUAGGGCCUUGCCUAAUGUUCGUUCCCUAAGGUUUGCAAAAGAUCACUGGAUCGCCAGCUCCUGCAGCCAUGCUUAUAUUGGGGCUGAGCCACACUGCUGUCACAACUGCUUAACCUGGGCGGAGCUGGGGCGCUAGCAAGGUGGGCACCAUGCAUGUGCCAAUAGAUUCGCCUCUGCCAGUCCGGCCCUCACCUCGGUGUAACCACAGAGCCUUGCCAUUCUCUCCUGUCCAGGUAAGCAGCAACGAGAUGGCAGGGAUUGGGCGAGGGCUGCUCUGUGGCUUUGCCCCAACACUAGCCAGGUCUCAACACACACAAGCAGUCGCAGCAGCAGCAUCUAGAAGUGGCUGCUUGCAUUUCUCUCUGCCAAGGGAGGAAGGGACUGGACCAUUUUCUUAGCGUUUGUAAAACCGGUUUGUUGAAAUCGCCCUGCCGUGCCACCAGCUGUUUGUAUCCUGCCAUUGGUGUUCUUUCUAUCUCUACAGUAUUUUUAGGUUUAUAUAAUGUUCUGCCAAGUAUUGUAAAAUGAAUGAAACCAUUUUUUAAAGAGAGAGAGGGGAAGACA